CCCCUCAGCUCCCCGACAAACACAACAAGCUCCCCCCCUCACCCCCAGCAGAAAAGCCAUCUCUCGUACACAAGAUAGACACAAAACCCCGUUCCGCUUCCGUACACCCAGAGACACCCACUCCUAAACCCUCUGCGCAAGUCGAGCCUGCAGUCGACAAGAAACCAGACAAUGCCGAAGAACAGCCUCAGCCAGAUGCCGAAGACACCAUUGACAUGGAGACAUUCCAGCAAAUCCUCGAGCUUGAUGAAGACGACGAGCGGGAUUUCUCUCGCGGCAUGACUUGCGAGUACUUCAAGCAGGCAAAUACCACGUUCAAAGAUAUGGAUGACGCUUUCUCACGUAAGGACUUGGAGAAAUUAUCUUCGCUUGGCCAUUUCUUGAAGGGAUCCUCAGCUGCUCUCGGUGUCACCAAAGUCCAAGCAUCGUGCGAAAAAAUCCAGCACUAUGGUUCUUUGAGAGACGAAGAAGCAGGGGAACCCCUCGCACCCGAAGCAGCCUUGAAGAAAAUAGACCCUUUGCUGGAGAGCGUCAAGAAGGAAUACGCUGUAGCAGAGAAAUGGCUAAAGGAGUGGUAUAUCGAGACCCCGCAAGAGCCAGGGGCUCUGCAUGUGUCGACUUGACGGCGAUGCUGUCGUGGCUUGGUAUUGUAGCAAUUCCGCACUGUGGAGUGGGAUCUAAUUCAGGCAGUGUUUGGGAGAUGGUACCCGGGAAGGAUGGGCACCACCAGAAUCCAGGGCUUUGAGCCUUUCUGACACGAUGCUACUCGUAUUGCAGGUGUUGUAUGACUUUGCCAAAGUGUAUAUUAUGUCUCAUUUCUUUCGCUGUUUUGACUAAGUACCUCGCACUCUAAUUCCAUUUACGUCCAGUCUGUGUGUACACUUACGAGUCUCCGAACUUUUUUAACAUGCAGAUUAUGCCUGUGUU